AUGAGCUCGAUUGAGAAGUUUGUGAGCCAGCAGCCGCUAAUAGUCCACUCAUCUUUGGCUCAGCUGCGAUAUUUGGUGCUCAGCGAAGGUCUCCCGCCUCCAAAGGAUAGAUCAUCGGUGAGAUUGAGAUGCAAUGUGUGGUCAGUUCUUGCGAGAUGUUCGAUGGACGGAGCCACAUCAGAUUACAUUUCGAUGGUACGAAGAGGUCCUCCGCCGCCUCCAGUCUACUCCAAAAUAAAAAACGACACUUUUCGAACUCUCAACACGGACCCACAGUUCGUAGCGUCAGUUUCGGAAGAUGCCAUCACCAGAUGUCUUUCGUGCUUUGCUUGGUCAGUUAUCGAUAGUUCGGAUGAUAGCAUGGAAAUCAGUACCUACGUACAGGGUAUGAAUGUUUUGCUUGCACCGAUAUUGUAUAGCAGCCCAUCUGAACCCAUGGCGUACAAAUUAUUCCAGUCACUUUGCCAAGAUCACAUUAGAACCUACCUCAAUCAAAGUCUUACAGGAGUGCAUAACGGGGCCAAACUGUUAGAUAUGUGUCUCAAGAUCAUUGAUCCAAAGCUCAGCAAAUUUCUGUCAGACAACUUACUCACAGCGGAAAUUUACGGUAUUCCCUCGGUUCUGACGCUUUCAAGUUGCACCAAACCGCUGGAUCAAGUUUGCAAACUAUGGGAUUUCAUGUUUGCCUACGGCUUCCACAUGAACAUCCUUUUCAUUGUUGCGCAACUGGUAGUCAUCAGAGCGCGAAUAAUGAAGAGCAGUUCUCCCAUGAACUUACUUCGUGUCUUACCUGAGUUCGAUGCGGAAGAGAUUAUACGAUUGGGAGUUGGCUUCGUUGCCAAGUUGCCAUCGGCCAUUUAUGAUCUACUUGUGCAGCAUCUGGAGAACCCGGAUCUUGCCAUCAGAUAG